AAGGGGCAGACCCCACUCAAUGCGAGGCACAGCGUGUUGAUAACAUCAUGGGCGCAGCCAUCUUUGUACUGGUCGGUGUGACACAAAAUCAGGACCCUGAAUGAAUACACCCAGCUAUUUUUCAAUUAUUUAUUGCAACCUAUUGUAAACAUUUCUUGAUAUUGAUACAAUAUGAAAUAUAUUUGUGAUGAAGAUUUGGUAAAGUGAAUAUGCAAAUGGGCGUACAUAUCCUUGUCCACACAUAAAAUAUAAGCUAAAAAUGGUAUAUAUUUUUCGUGGGUAACAAUUUCACUAAUGAAUCAUGGCGACGGCGCUGUGUAGAUGCCUUCGGACAAUAACAAAUUGUCCUCUAAGAUGUUUGCAGACUGGGCAUAUGAUCAGAGCUUCAUAUGUAAAAAAGGCUCCUGCUGGGAAGGUGUCUAGGGUGACUAUAGAAGUGGAAAAAGACACACACAAGCUUGCCAACUAUCUGUGUGGUGGUAACAUUUACAAGACUGGCGAGGAAAUACAGCUGAAACCUAAAGAAGAGUACCCCGAGUGGUUGUGGGAUCUACGUAUUGACCGAAAAGCACCUGAUCUUGAUGAACUCGAGUAUGGAUCAUACGAGUACUGGGCCAAAGCCAAAAAAAUUUCCUUAAGAGAAAAAAAUGCCAAACAAAAGUUAAAAGUCAAAAGGCAAGAAAAGAAAAUUUAUUAACAUUGAAUAUCAUAUUACAGUUCUUUUGAAUGUGGGACAAAAGAUUCUGAGUUAACUGAUGUAUGAAUUGUAAAUUAAAUGAUGAAGAAAAAAG